CGAGCGAGAGAGAGGGGGAUUAUCUCACUUCUCACAUGUUCCUCUCGAUCAUUCCCUCCUUUGUGGCUGAAACAAUGACGGCUGAGUGUCGAAGGCUUAAAAGUGCGAGGACGGGACGUGAUCACAAAUGCAGAAGUGCUGGGACACACAACACUCCAUCAAAAAGAGUUAGAUAUCAGUACAGGAAAGAAGUGGACACUACAGACACAGAGGAUUGUGUGUGUUUCUCCUCAGUGUGUGUUAGGACUCUGUCCUGUGCUCAGCCUCCAUGCUCUACACACUAGCAGGAGGAGGCACGCUGAGUGGCGCCGCUGCCUUCGUGCUCCUCAUCGUUUCCACGGCCACUGACUACUGGAUGCAGUAUCGCUACUCGGGAAACUUUGCCAAUCAGGGCCUGUGGAGGUUCUGCAUCAAUAACAAGUGUCAUGCUCACACGCUCACUGUGGCUUUCUGGGAUGCCACACGGGCCUUCAUGCUGCUGUCUGUGUUGAGCUGCUUCGCCGGUGUGGUGCUGGGCCUCAGUGCCUUCUCCAACAGAACCAAAAACUCGAGGGUGAGAACCGCAGGAAUCGCUCUGCUGCUGUCUGGUUUCUUUGCUCUCUUAGCUUUGGCAAUCUACACUGGCAUGACUGUGAGCUUCUUUGGCAAGCGCUACAUUCAGUGGAGGUUCUCAUGGUCCUACAUUCUUGGCUGGUUUGGCACCAUUCUGGUUAUAACAGCUGGCAUCCUCCAAAUUUAUGGCUAUCAGAGGAGCACUGCUGAACCAGCACCUCAAAAUCCUACAGACUCCUCCUGAAUUUCCCCUGAGCUGUAACCUUUAGGUGGAGUUUCAACUAUUGUAAGAUGACAUCAGAAUCUGGACUCUUUAAAACAUUCAUACUCUUGCAAUAGCAACAUAUGAUCUGGCUGAAAUAAAGUAUUUUUUGCACUAUUUGGAUGUUAUGCUUUGGAUGUUAAGUCAGUGUGUGUGUGUGUGUGUUUUGAUGGCACAUGUGCUCUUAACACAGUCCAGCAGAGGGCAGCAGUAAAGCAUCAGGUCAUGUACACCGAUCAGGCAUAGCAUUAUGACCACCUGCCUAAUAUUGCGUUUGUCCCGCAAACAGGCUGCCAAAGCAGCCCUGACCCAUCGAGGCAUGGGCUCCACUAGAUCCCAGAAGUUUUGCUGUGGUAUCUGGCACCAAGAUGUUAGCAGCAGAUCCUUUAAGUCCUGUAAGUUGUGAGGACCUUCAACUUGUCCUCAUCUCCACACUCUGGCUGAAACGCACAGAUCUGAGCUGAAUAUUUCUCAUUUGAGAUAACUAGCUGCUCAGACGUGGAAAUUGUUUAGCUUUCACAGUAAUGCUGUAAUGAAAGUAAAAGACUAAAGUCAGCUGUUAAAUGUUUGCAUAUAGAUGAUUGACAGCUCUGUGCCUAUAAUGAGAUGAUAACUGUUAGUUAUAGGCGUUUGAGAAAUGAGUGCCGUAAAUUAAAAGUGUCACUUGGAAAACAAAAAUGGAUUACCAAGAAGAGACUCUUAAGCUGGUUAAACACAGCAGUGACUCAGAGUGAAGGGGUUUUGCAUGCAAUGGAGUUUUACUUAUAGUUUAGACUUGUAUUUUUCAAUCCUGGUCAUGGUGUACUAGUUUUAUAUAUAUACAGCAUACACUUUACCCGUUUAUAUUAAAGUUUAAUGUGAAACAGAGCUGCCAAAUUCAGCCCUUGGACAGAUGUUACCUGUCCCAUUGCUUGUAAUAUUGAUAUCUGGUGUGCAGGCCAACACACUGCCAUUUUUGGUUUCACUUGACGAUGGCAGCACUGUAUUAACAGCGCUCUAGCUAAAUUGUAAGAGCAGUUUUUCCCUGGCUGCACCUGCAAAUUAAUGGGCUGAAGGAUAUUUAGUUAGUUAGUAGGAUACAGUGGAUAAAGUUAACAUUGAGAAUUGGGAUUGUGGUUUCAAAAACAAUAGUAGGCGUAGGAAAUGUAUGCUUCGUGUAGUUCAGUGACUGCUGCAGUAACUAUGGACUUUAAUAUUAAUAUCAUGAGACAUUAUGGAACAAAUCAUGAGCAAUUUAAAAAUAUAUUGGGGAUGAGAGGACAGAGAAAGAGCUGGAGGCGAUCCUGACAAAAGCAAUUUUUCAUCAGAGUAAAUGAGGCACAGAACAUUAGAGUUAAUGAGUGCCACUGAUUCCUACCACUAAGCAUAGAAGAGCUUUCAUGACUUCUUGAACUAAAGUGAAUUUUAAUGAGGAUUAAGGAUGAUUAAUGUUAGUUUGUCUAAUUGGUCGUUGCCCUUAAAUAAAGUAGACCACAAAGUUUUUAUAUAUAAAAACAAUUAAUAUAUAUUUUGCAUAAUUCCGAAAUAAUAUUUCAAUGAUGAGCCCUUGCGAUUUUUUUCAUGUGGUCUAAUCUGGAAAAGUUCUGGACACCCUUCAGUUCUCCUCACUCCUGAAUAAGACAGAAAUCGCAGCUCAUCUUGUAACAGAGAACACAGAACAGUCCUCAUGAUGUCGGAAAAUCUCUGAAAACUUACGAAGCACUGACACUUUAGUCUCUUUUCAUAAAUACUAAACUUCUUAUAUCACCAUAUCAAUUUUUGUUAACGAACAGAUUUAUUUUUUAAAAAGUUGUUUGUUAUUAGUCUUGCCCAUCCUACAAGUCUCUGUUAGUCAGCUAUUACUAUAGAAACUAUAAUGUAUAAGAAUGAGUGUAUCAAUAUAAACACAUCAUUUCAAUUAAAGCCAGAAUACUGUCAGAGCUGCUGUUAGAAAUAUUUAAUCAACCUGAUUUGAGCUGUAGUAUAAUUAAUAAU